AAUGCAGCACGAGAUCUCACCAACUGUCAUGGCGUCUCGCUUGAAGGGGGUUUGGUGCUGGAGAAAGUAGCCGCUGUCAUUUAUCAGUUUUCUCCCGUACACAGAGCAGCCGUCCCCGACCGAAGAGGCUAUUAUAGUAGCGGAUAGUUAACAUGGGGACUGUCCACGCUAAGAGUUUGGACCCUCUCCCGAUGCAUGGCCGGGAUUUGGGCGUCAACCCUGAUGACUUGGUGGACACUCCAGAUGUGGUGCAGGAGGCCAAGCAGGAGAUCCUCGAAAACAAAGAUGUGGUCGUCCAACAUGUCAACAUCCAGGGUCUUGGAAGAACUAAAGAGGAUCUACUUGGAUACGAAAUCUCUGACGUUUUCCACGCCAAAAACCUCAUUGAUGUGAUGAAAAAAGCUCACGUUGCCAGACAAAGGUUGCUUCGCCUCGGAAUCUUCAAAGAUGUGGAGGUUCUUAUUGACACGUCUGAAGGCACAGAUGCUUUGCCCAACGGUCUUGAUGUAACAUUUGAGGUGACGGAGGUAAAGAGGCUGACAGGGAGCUACAACACCAUGGUUGGCAACAAUGAAGGAAGCAUGGUGCUGGGUCUGAAGUUGCCCAACAUGUUGGGGCGAGCUGAGAAGCUCACCUUCCAGUUCUCCUAUGGGACCAAGGAGACGUCAUAUGGCCUGUCCUUCUUUAAGCCCCAGCCCGGACACUUUGAACGCAACCUCACCCUCAACUUGUACAAAGUCACUGGACAGUUCCCAUGGAGCUCCUUAAAAGAGACGGACAGAGGCAUGUCUGCAGAAGUCAAUUUUCCUCUCGGGGUGACCAACCACACCUUGAAGUGGGAGGGUGUAUGGAGGGAGCUGGGCUGUCUGGCACGCAGUGCUUCAUUCGCCGUGCGAGAAGAGAGUGGACACUCGCUGAAAUCUGCCCUCUCGCACACUGUGUCAGUCGAUUCAAGGAAUUCUGCCAUUUUCCCCAACAGAGGCACUUUACUCCGGCUCAACCAGGAACUGGCCGGGUACACAGGAGGCGAUGCCAGCUUCUUGAAAGAAGAUGUUGAGCUGCAGUUUAACAGACGGCUCUUCUGGGACUCGGUCUUGUCUGCCUCUCUGUGGGGUGGGAUGCUGUAUCCGUUGGGAGGACAACCAUCCUGCAUCGCUGACAGGUUCUAUCUUGGAGGUCCCACUAGCGUGCGAGGGUUUGGGAUGUACAGCAUCGGGCCACAGAGUGAAGGUGACUAUCUGGGUGGAGAGGCGUACUGGGCGGGUGGUCUGCACCUCUACACUCCACUGCCCUUCAGACCAGGCAAGGGCGGCUUCGGAGACCUUUUCAGAACACAUUUCUUUCUCAAUGCAGGCAACCUCUGCAACCUCAACUAUGGCGAUGGUCCCCGGGCGCACCUUCAGAAGCUAGCUGAGUGUAUUCGCUGGUCGUACGGAGCGGGCAUCGUGCUGCGGCUUGGGAACAUCGCCAGACUGGAGCUCAACUACUGUGUGCCCAUGGGAGUUCAGAGUGGAGACAGGAUAUGUGACGGUGUCCAGUUUGGAGCUGGAAUCCGCUUCCUGUGACCUCAUCACUCCACCGCCCUCAGUCCUCCAGCCUCUGCUGGGAUGUGAAAAGGGAGAAUGUCUUGUUGUUUAUCACCUGUAACUUGUUGUAGAGUGUGUAACACUAGCAUGGGUCAUAUGUCCUGGGGAAAACGUGCCUGUACCCCGUAACCCUCCUUUGAUAUGCACCAGUAAAGGCUUUUUAACAACAAAGUGCCAGUGUUGGGUCAUAUGAGUAUCAUAUGAGGCUUUCAUUGCUUUUAGGGGAUGGAAGUAACCAGAAGUACUGAACAUUUUCAUUUGCAGCCACAGUCAUGAGAUAUGAAGACAGUUAUGGCAAAAAAAAAAAGUACAGUCAUGUUGAAUCUGACAAAUUCAGUAGACUUCUGAAUCAUGUUUUUGCUAUUAACUGAGCCACUGUUCCUCCUUACCUUGGUUUGAAUUCUCCAUCACUGGCACCUUUGUCUGUGGAAAAGUCAGCUACUAGUGAUUUUGCCCACUGUGUUGACUGUGGUGACACAACGUAACUUAUGUACCAGAAUGUUAAAGAGAUUUGGGCAUGUUCCCCGUUGGCCUUCCAGGAUUGCUUCUUAUUCCAGGAGCAUAAAUUGUUUAUAGUUUUGUUUGACAGUAAACUGUACCCCACACACUCUCCUGACGUGAUGAGUGUUGUUGAGUCAUACCGUGUAGAUGAAAUGAUCACAGAGGCAUCCAGGGAAUGAACCGGGAGACACCAGCACUUUUCAAUCAAAACAUCGGUGUUUGAAGGGAAUCAACCUUUAUGCCAAAGCAGUUUUUUUUUCAAAAGUAGUCUUAUGUGAAGAAAGGAGGGUUGAUCUCUGGGGCCGGCAGCAGAGGUGGGACCCCCCCCCCGAGCUACAUCCACCACCAGUGCUCUUACCCUUAGUCCACUUUUUGAUGUUGUUGAAACUAUUCACAAAUAAAUCACACCUGCUCCCCUGG